GACUAGCAUACCACCAACAACAUUAUUACAAGGUCAUUCUAAACAUCGGUCUUUGUUUAACACCUUAUUUAUCUAAAGCACACACAGUGAUUGUGAAAAGGUUUCAGCUUUAUUUUAGUUCUCUUUUUUUGUCCCGAGAUAUAGAUCGCUUGACCUGAAUCAUGACCUUAAAUGACUUCAUCGGGAUUGUGCUGGAAUCUUAAGUUCAAAACAUGGUAAAAGAGUCAAUAUUUUCAUCUGAUCAGCAUGAAGAAAGGGCGUUAUGGGAAAAUCGACACCAAUAAUACAACAGCGGAUACGAGAAAGGAAGGAGACAGACAUUUUUGUGUCAGGGAAAAAAUAAGACUUCACAAAGAUUGAUAGGUCUGAAGCUAUGGGAAUUGUGGUACCCAUACCACCUUGCGCGCGCCCGGAACCGAGUUCGUAUAAGAUAUACGAAACAGAGGGAACAGAAACCGUGUCCCAUAUCAACGCGGAGGAAAUGUGGGGGCGGUUUGGACAGGUUUACCCAACGCUUACAGCCUUUUCAGCCUGACUCGAGAGUUCGAUUCUCGGAAGUCUACAUGAACCACGGCAGAAAUGUCGGGACAGGUACGGAGGACGGGAGGGCGGCUGUCCGUGUGUGUGCUGUUCCUCACGGCUUGGGGCUUCCUGGUUCCCGUAACGGGCGCAGGUUGUCCAACUGUCCGUCUGUUUGGGUCCGCGAGUCUUUAUCCACCACGACUAUUGGUUAGUACAUACAGCGUGACCAGCCCGGAUACAUCUGGAACUCGACCUGAAUACAGAAACGAUGAGUCCAAAGCUCUGGUGUUUUUCAAAGGAGACUAUUGGCAUAUUUUGAACGAAAAUCGUUUCCGUGUGAAAGACUCCAGCUUCUAUCUUGAAGAUAUAACCGGGACCUUUGAAAUCUGGGACAGUGAUAAUGAAAGAUUCAUAAUGGACCCGGAAGCACACUUCAGUUGUGCAGAAAUAACGUACAUCUGCAAGGACGACAGGAAAACCCUACGGUGUCCCCGACCGGACUUUCAGACACUCUUGAUCGUCCGUGCCACGUACGGACAGGACUGGGCGUGUAAGCUGUCACGAUGUACAGAGAGAGAGGGAGAAUGCACGUCGUGUAAUUGGGUAAGCAGAAAUAACGUCAUAACAAGAGUCAAGGAGCGCUGCACACGUGUUUCGGGAACCUGUAUCUUAGAACCGUCGGACGAGAUGUUCGGAGGGAACCCGUGUGACCACAUAGAGGGGGAUGUGGAAAGGUACUUAAGAGUGGAACACAGGUGUAUAAACGUUCCGAUGUCGCUAGGCUGCUACCAGGAUGAACCAAACAACAACCCCCUACUGUCUGGUCCGGCCACCUCUCAUCCCAGCAUGACGGUUCAACAGUGUCUAUCAUAUUGUCGAUCCCAAAGUUAUCGGUACGCUGGAGUUGCCAACAUAUUUGCUUGUCGGUGUGGGAGCCAAUUACAAGAUUCUGCCUCGCGCCGACUACCGAUCACUGACUGUACUGCACCGUGUGGCGGAGACGAAUUCCAGUUCUGUGGAGGCCCAAGUAGCUCACAGAAAAUUGAAGUAUUUGAAGCGUCUAUUGGAGCAUGUGGUGGCGAUCUGAAGACAAAUGAAGGGAUCAUCUACUCCCCGGAUUUCCCCGGACCGUACCCACUAGAUCAGAACUGUGUAUGGAACAUACAAGUAGCACCUGAAAACAUCAUAAGGAUCAGUUUAGAACUCUUAGACAUCUCCACAGAAGACAGCUUGAGAAUUGUAGAGGACAGAGCUUCGCGCACUGUUGUUACUGUUGUUAACGGUACGUCAAUGACAGAAUACGUCAGUAUCAGCAGUAAUGUCAGCCUGCAGUUCAGAGCUGGGCCGCGAAGAGCGCAGCAAACGGACGGAUUUAUCCUGCGUUAUGAAGGUGUUGGCCACUGUGGACCCAUAGCAGCAGUCGAUGACGUCACUUCCGUUUCCCCUAACCAUGGAGGAAACUUCGCUAUUGGCCAAGAGGCGCGCAUCACUUGUAAAAACGGACGAAACGUCACAGUACGAUGCCAGACGGACAGAAGCUUCAGCAUUACUGCUCCUUUCUGCACAGCUAUAGGUAUUGGCCAAUGCGGACCCGUAGCAGUGAUCGAUGACGUCAUUUCCGUUUCCCCUAACCAUGGAGGAAAGUUUGCUAUUGGCCAAAAGGCGAGCAUCACCUGUAAAAACGGGCAGAAUGUUACGGUACAGUGUCAGGAGAACGGAAGAUUGGACAUUCCAUCACCUUACUGUGGAGAUAAUACAAAGUGGAUGGCGAUCGUCGGUGGCAUAGUGGCAGUGUUGGUUCUCCUCGCCAUAGUUCUUGUGGUCACCAUCUUCAUCAUAAGAAAAAGGAAAGCAGCGCAGAAGCAGCACACAACAUCUCCCGGUACUGCCGCCUACUCCACAGCGCCUACUUCAGACAGCCUCGUUCUGACGCCCGGAAACCUCAGUGCGCGUGCGCUUAAUGACGAAAACGAGGCGGAGGAUAUCCAUCAAUACGCCUCCAUCCGGGACACUGGCCCCGCUGGCACCGAGCCGCUUUACGCCCAACCCGAUAGCGGUACGAAAAUACCCCUCGAGUUGAUGUAUGCAAAGCCAAUGAAACACAAGAAAGGUAGUCCUUCUGGAAAGGAAGAAGAGGGGAUCGUGGACAAUGUUUUGUACGAAAGUUCAGCCGGAGAAGGGAGACGUGGAAUGAAUGGAGAGCAACAGGGCCUUAUUGACAAUGACCUGUACGGGCUCCAGUAGAUCUAGUCUUCAACCAAAUGUAUUGAUUUCUCUUGUAAUCCUUUACACAACUUUUGAAUAUUUUUUUACAGACCGAAUCAAGCGCUGCAAUUAUACACGUAGUUUGGACCCAUGAAUGAAAGGAAAUCCAAACGAAAAACGUACAAAACUUACGAUUCUUCUGCCUGCAAAUUAACUUUAGGUUUGUUAUAAGAUUCCUACAUGUUGUUACAUCGCUAUUUUGUUGGGUUUGAUUGAUGUAAUUGAGUUCAUGAAAACAACAAUGCCAAACUGUACAGUAACAUAAACAAUAAAUAUAGAUGAAUAGAAGUAAAUGUAUAUAAAAGUAAAAGAAGGUCUUAACCAAGUUCACUUUGGUGGUUCGUAGGGUAGUGGUAUUACAUCUUACAAAUAACAAGACUACAAACAUGUAGAUAUAUGGAUGGAGAUAUCUGACUGAUCAAACAAAGCAGCUAUUCACCAAGUAAUUCAAAAGAACGUAAGAGCGUGUUGUUUAGCCACUCUCUACCCAUCUGCGGAAUGCUAUUGAAUAGGGACAUAUUAUAUAGGGAAACAUAUAGGGGCAUUUACUAGCCUGGAUCUAUUUGUACUUUUUAUAGUAGGAAAUAUCAUCAAUGAAACAAGUUUUAAGUUGCAUACAAGGUGCCAUAUUCUGACGCUAACAGACUACAUGUAAAUAGCAACUUGAUGACAUUCCUAAACAAACUUGGGAGCAAUAAAGUUCUGUAUAUGUCCCAUACGCCGUAUUCAUGCUGCUAUGACAUAUUGUUAAGUUGUGUUCGCUUCUGUGGGUUGCCCUAGCUACCGAGAAUAUAAUUUUAUGUGGUCCAUGAUCAUAUCAAUAUUCAGGAUGAAAUAAACAUGCAAACAGA